CUCGUACGUCAGUACGAGAGAACAACGGUCCGCUUGUCCGACUAUGAACGUUUUAAGGCACUGAUUGCCAGCGGGGACGUCGAGGGCACAGACCGCCUUGUCCGUGUCGCCAUCAAGAACCAUCGCAGCAUCUCAGAGAUAUGCAACCGCAUGAUCCGUGCGACACUGGGACUGUACAACGUCAAGAGCUUCACACGGAAGCACUAUGACCUCAUGCGUCUGACUGGCGCUCUCGGUGGACCCAAGCUGCAGUUUGCAGUGGCCGAUGCCCUUCAGCUCCCAGGAAUCUCAACGACACGUGCACACUCACUAGUGCUGCUCAUUGAGGCAUGCCUCGGCUUCCCCAUCCUUGCCGAGUUCUUGCACAAUCUCGGGGCUCUCGACAGUGCAGGUGUCUUGUGGGAAAGCAGUUCCAAUGGGUCUCGUCAACGGCGACGUGGGUUCCAGAUAAUGGUCGACGAGCUUGCCCUCGAAGAGCGACCACGUUAUGACAGUCGGCGUGAUGCAGUCCUCGGAAUGGCUCGUGAGACAUCACAUGAAGUCGAUCUCAGUGUUCUCACCUUGGAGAACCUAGAAGCUGCAGCCGAUGCGCUCGAAGACGGGUCUAUGGCUGUUGCAAAGGAAGCGACUAUGAUGGGCCUUGCCGCAUUUGGACACGAUGACUACACUGUGUUCCCCAUCAUGAUAUCUGGGACGAACAAAACUGAGCGCGACGUCAAGCAAGCCGAAUGGAUUAAACUUGCCAUUGAUGCUUGGGAAAACGGGAAGCCCGCGCCGGACUCGAAGCAGACGUACGAGGAGCGCUACGGUGAACUCUGGUGUGUAGGUUCUGAUGGUGACGCCACACGCCGCAGGGCUCUUCAUCGUGUCUUGAUGGCCGAGAGACUGUCUGCAAACACUAUGAGCGCACUGUACCGGCUCCUCUCGCCCCUUCACCGUAUGAACCUGCAAUGCGGAAGUAAAGGGCGCACGAUGACAAUAGACUAUAAACAUAAGUUUAAGAACUUUGCGACCCUUCUCCGUGGCGCUGCAGGUGUCCUCGUUGCAGACUACCAUGUAACGCCAACACUACUCAGGCAGAAAUUCACGGCUGUCCUGGGAUACAAGGACUCGAAGCUUACCUCGCUCUUCGAUCACAAAGAUCACCAAAAUGUUCCGGUCGCUGUUGCGUUGCUCCAAUCGCUCAAGAGCCUUGCGAAAGCAGACAACUUUGCCAGAGAAGCUGAGAAUCGUCCGCUCGUUUUGCUUGGGAUGUUUGCGGGCUACCUUGUCGAACCAUUCAUAACACCAACCUUGUCAUUGUCAGAACAAUUGACGAAGCUCUCAGCAGCUGCGCACUUACUCUGCCUGCUCUAUCGGCGUAACCGGACUGCGUUCUGCCCCGGGCAGUGGUACUAUGAUGUCCAGACUUUCAUCAAGAAUAUAUUCUGGACGACGGCCAGGAUGAAGCUCCUU